ACUUCUGCUAUGUUUUCGUCUUCAUUUUUUGGCUAUUAGAUGAGUAUAAUUAAAAUUGAAAAUGGUGCAGGUGAGACAGCUCGGAUUCUGGUUGAAUUCCUGGAGGUGGCAAUCACUUCAAUCGUUCUCCUCAAAGGAAUUUACCCUCCAGGUACUUUUGAAAGAAGGAAAUAUAUGAAUUUGGUGGUUCAUAGCGCUCGUCACCCUGAACUCAGAGAUUAUAUCCAUUCUGCUGUCUCGGGACUUCAUCCUUUCAUCCAAAAGGGUCUGGUGGAGAGAGUAGCAGUUAUUUUCUUUAACAGUGAUAGCAUUAGCAUCCCUGUGGAAAGAUUUAUGUUUAAGCUCACUGUGAAUCAGUCUUAUGGCUGGGUGGAAGAAGCUGACCUGGAGUUCUCACUAAGGUCGUUUUUUAUCAAGCUUCCUUUCUCAGAAUCCCUUACACGGGUUCUUCCCCAGGAUUGCAGGUGGGAGAUAACUGCGUACUUUCGAUCCCUGCCUCAAGCAAGUACAAGUAAGGAUGCAGAGUUGUGGAUUCCAACAGACACACAGCAAUGGCAACAGCCUCCAUUGAUAACCCCUAUUAAAUCGAUGUGUAGCGAACCUCUAUCUGUGCAGUUAUAUUUGGAACAUCCAGGUUUAUCUGAACCAAAGGCUUAAAGGGAAUAAAGCAAAUGAAUAUCUUCCUUGAUUUUACAUGACAAAUCAUGAUCACACUGUCCCAUAAACAUACUGCUCAUGAAGUAAAUUCCGCUCGCUUUCUGCAUUUUGGUGUAUAAACCACAAUAAUUCAGUGCUUAGUAUUGUAAAGUUGUUAUCCAAUUAGAAUGAGAUUACAAAGGUAGAAAUUUUGUGGAAGAUGAAGGGUAAAGAA